AUGCUUGACAAAUUUAGAUGUGACUUUAUUGUCCACUUUUAUGGCGCUGUUUUUAUUCCGAAUAAAAUUUGCAUGGUUACUGAAUUGGCUCACUAUGGGAGUUUACAAGACGUUAUGAAAAAAUACACAACAAGUGAUAUUCAACUAAAAAUGAAAGUUAAAUUUGUUUUAGAUGCAUCAAAAGGAAUAUCUUAUUUACACACAAAUGGAAUUUUACACAGAGAUAUUAAACCAGACAACAUUCUUGUGUUCACUUUUAAUGUUAAUGACAAGGCUAAUUCAAAAUUGACUGAUUUUGGGUCAAGUCGAAAUUUGAAUAUGAUGAUGACUAACAUGACAUUUACUAAAGGUGUCGGGACUCCAGUGUAUAUGGCACCCGAAAUUUUGCAACAAGAAAAAUACAAGAAAAGUGCAGAUAUUUAUUCGUUGGCAAUUACUAUGUUUGAAUGUCUAAAUUGGGUUCAUGCGUACCCAAAACAAAAAUUUAAGUUUCCGUGGACAAUAGCUGAAUAUGUCAUUAGAGGCAAUAGAUUACCAAAACCCGAUGAAAUGAGUCAAGGUCUAUUUGAUAUAAUAAGUAAUUGUUGGAACAGUGAUCCAAUCAAGAGAUGUAGUAUUAAAGAAGUGAUAUAUAAACUUGAAUUAAUAUAUAAUUCAGUUUAG